CGCGCCCCUGUCACGGCGGGAGUCUCUGGGUCAUUUAUCACUAUGCACUUCUCGCUAUAAUACACACUUGGAUGUGAAGGAUGCCAGUGGUUUCUCAUGUGCUUUGCAGAAUCCGGUCCUAUUGCAAUUCUGGACUGCAUGUACAUUAGAGACAUCAUAACUGGUGGUGGUUUUUUUUCCGCGAGCGGAUGCUGCAUCUCUGCAGACCUGGAAACCGUUGCUAAGGAAUAAGCAUCCCAGUCCAGGUAAGUGGGCGCCAUGCUGACUAGCAUCACAGAAGGCAUCCUAUGCUGCCUGACAGGCAAAAGUGGAAAUACGGUGCUGCCUGUGGACUCAUCGGACACCGCUCCAUCUGAUGGGUUUGAGUUUGUAGAGGUGAAGCCAGGCCGUGUACUGCGUGUUCGCCAUGUUCUGCCAGAGCGUCCUGCCAGUCCUGAGCUAAAGCAGGAGCAGGGUACCAGUGUGCAUUGCAAACGCAAGAUCACAGUCUACCGCAACGGGCAACUGGUAAUUGAGAACCUGGGUGACGUGCUGCGUGCAGAGAUUCUACAUUGCCCCAAUGGAGAUGUGGAGCAGUGCAGCACCGUGGAGCUGGAGCUUGCUGAUUACUUUACUGCACCUUCCUCUCCAGAACCCAAGCCGGCUCCUCCUACUCUUACGGCUUCAGACCAGCAGAAACCAGCUCCGCCACCCAGGCGACGGAGGAGGAAGCCCAAGCGCACAGUUCUUAUUGACUCAGAGAGAUGCAUCAGCAGCUGUAAGGGGACACACUCCGACGUGGCACUCUUCUUCAUCCAUGGCGUUGGAGGCUCACUGGACAUCUGGGGUCGUCAAUUGGACUUCUUCUCCAAAUUGGGCUACGAGGUCAUCGCGCCAGACCUGGCAGGGCAUGGAGCCAGCACGGCACCUCAGAUAGCGGCUGCUUACACAUUCUACGCCCUGGCUGAGGAUCUUCGUGCCAUUUUUAAGAGAUAUGCCCGCAAGCGCAACAUCCUCAUUGGUCACUCAUACGGGGUGUCAUUCUGCACAUUCCUAGCACAUGAGUACCCAGAGCAGGUACAUAAGGUGGUUAUGAUAAACGGUGGUGGCCCCACAGCGCUGGAGCCAAGUCUCUGCUCCAUCUUCCAGCUACCUUCCUGUGUCUUGCACUGCCUGUCACCUUGCCUCGCAUGGAGCUUCCUCAAAGCUGGAUUUGCUAGACAGGGAGCUAAAGAGAAACAGAUGCUAAAGGAGGGCAAUGCAUUUAAUGUGUCUCCGUUUGUGCUGCGGGCCAUGAUGAGUGGUCAGUACUGGCCUGAGGGAGACGAGGUGUACCAUGCUGAGCUUACUGUCCCCAUUUUGCUCGUGCACGGCCUCUAUGACAAGUUUGUGCCCAUGGAUGAGGACCAACGAAUGGCUGAGAUUCUCCUCUUUGCCUUCUUGAAAGUGAUUGAAGAGGGCAGUCACAUGGUCAUGAUGGAAUGCCCAGACACAGUCAACACACUUCUGCAUGAGUUCUUUCUCUGGGAACCAGACAUCACCAGAAAGGAUUGUGCAGAUGAUACACCUGCUGUUCUGACUGUUACUACAGAUACCGUGACUGACGAAAACACUGGCAAACAAAAAACCAACAAGCCUGUAAACAAAUAAGCGAUGAUGAGUGGUGUCUUUGUAGGGCAAACCUGAUCAGAAGGCUCUUGAUGGCAGGCUGCAUGAGGUGGAGUGAUCACCCAGGCUGAAAGCUAAUUUUUUGGAGCUGAAGAUUGAGCUGAGCGUUCGAGCUGGUUGCACCAAGACAGCAAGAAAGGUCCAAGAGGUGACUCUGCCGAAGUAGGUCAGAGGACAAAAGAAAAAAAAUGAAAGCAUAAAACUAAUUUCAGAGCAGACCAUCAUGGUUUAUUACAUUUCACAUCUCUCUGCUACCUUUGGACAGAUAUCUUUUGUUCUUGUGGUAUAUCAGCAAAAGGACUAAAGCUCUGCCUGAUGGAUGAACUCGGGCCGAUUUUAAGUGCUCGUGCUCUAAGUGGGAAGGUAUGGGCUGAUUUUUCGGCUGGAUUACAGAGCCGUCCCCAUGCUCACGCAUUGCUUAUAAAAUCUAUUGUGUGAUCUACUGUGCUCUAGGCCACAUAAGUGCAUCAGAGCGGGGAGAGAGAUGUUCCUAAACAUUGCUGUUUUUUGUAACACCGAUAAUUAACAUAAGGGAUAAAAGAGUAGUGAUUUUGUCUUCCCAUGGAACACAUGCCUACAGUCCCAUGAAGAAAAAAAGAAGGCUGGAAGGGAAAACAAUAACUUCCAACAUGCGUAUUUAAUUUGAAGACGUUACCUCUGUAGUCCUUGUAUAAGUGAGGCAGUUAUGUAGAACAUAACUAAAAUACUAACAUAUCACUGUUACAGUUAAAUAACCUGCUAUAAUGGGCUUUUUUUUUGCCAUGAAUUGAUAUGUUUUCUUUAAACAAACAAACUAAUGCAGAUUUGUGGCUAAGUGCAGGGCCGAAGGGUGAACACAAAUGCAAUGAGCAUAAAAUUCUGUCAGCAGGAGCACUUUCAUGUCUCCUAGCAACGAGAAAAGAUUUGUUGGUGGUGCAUUCACAGCUCUGCCACAAAGAGGAAAAGGAAGAGAGAGAGAGAGAGAGAGAGAGAGAGAGAGAGAGAGAGAGGAUGUUGGUGAUGAUGAUAUGGUUUAUACACAGGGAAUAAGCUAGGAAAACAAAAUACUGUUAAUAUAAAUGUAACGCUGUUAUAUAUUACCAUCAAGACAAUAAGCAACAUUGGAAAACAACCAGAGAUUAAAAUAACAUCAGUGUCACAUUACAGCAUUCAUACAAAUGCAGCUGACACACACCAAGUGAUUAUGCAGUGGGACAGGGUUUGACUUUAUAAAUAAACAGAAGCACAGAGAUGGUGACUCAUGACUAAGGAACAGAUUGAGGAUAUAUGAAUGUGCAGGUUGCCAUAACAACAGACGGUUCAACGUCCGAAUGGUAAAAAAAAGAUGAAGGCUUGGUCGGUGCAGGGUAAUGGAUGCUGGAACUGCAUUGUAUAGCAACAUAAUUUUCAGUGUGCGUUGCCUUCAUUGUUUUUUUUCCCAUGUCAUACACUGAUAUAAUGUACGAAAUCAAAUUUAUUCAGUGUCCUCUGGAAACACGUUUUUUUUUCUCAUAGCAGAUUUUAUGUAAAUGGGAUCAUGGUUUAAAACUGAUGCAUUUAUACUGUUUGGGCGAUUACAAUAUUAUUAAGCUGCAACUUCUGGGCCCUUGAGCAAGGCCCCUAACCCUCAAUUGUAUAAAUAAGAUAAAUGAAAGUCACUCUGGAUAAUAGGAUCUAAGAUAUCCCAUAAAUGGAAAUGUUGCAUUCAAGCUUAUUCAUUCAUUUUAGAUCUUAAAUGAAUGUGAAAUGGGUGAAACAAGGCAGAUUUUUGCGUUAUUUAUUAUUUCAAAGCCAAAAACAUCUCAUAUGAAUGAAUGAAUGCAACGCACAUUUCUUCUUCUUGUGAUUUCUUUUCAGCAAAAGGAUAAAAGGGAUACAUGGAAAACUUUGUGGAAAACUUAUUUCAAUCUUUGAAUCUCUUGGUCGAUUAGAAUAUAUUUAUUAUAUGAGUCAUGAACACUUUAAAUUUAAACACAGUAUUUAAACAGCAUUAAAUAUUAUCUGUGUUUUCAGGUCUGACACAAAAAGGUCCAGGUGGAAAUAUUUUUUUUAAAGGUUAUUGUACUAGAAUCACUGCAUAGAAACAUUAUGCAUGCAAAAUUGAAGAACACUGCUUCGAGCAGCUCUAUACUGUAUAUCUUCCCAAGACAAUGGUUUUUAUUCUAUUCAUUCUUAGUCAAAACCAUGUGGUGAUGUGAAACCAUUGCAAAAGCACAAGUAGCGUGGAUAUGCAUGGCAUUUCUGACCGUUACAUUCCAGAGUGAGCCACGAGAUACAGGUUUUAUGCAGAAUGCAAGCAGUGUCAUUUUUUAACCCUUGAAUGAUGAAUUCUUCAAUAGACAUAGGUGUGAUCCGGUGUACUGUACAUCCAUCCUAAAUUCUACAUACAGUAUAAGGACUUGGGUAAUCACAAGUGUUCGAUCUUUAAUUCGGUUGAUUAACACUUCUGUGUCAUAAUAACUGCUGGGACAAAUAUGCAUUGUUUCACUUUAUCAUCAUCAUCAUCAAAAUUCAAAACUAUAUAAUAACUCAAUUAUUCAAUUGUACUAACGAUUAACAAUUAUGCCAGAUGUAAGUGUGAACCUCUGAAACCUCUGGUAAGUAAAUGCGUUUUUUAUGCACUGGACACUAAUAAAGAGUGCAAAAUAUUUGGAGGUAAACAGCUUUAGGUGCAGUGUGAGUACAUGUCUGUACAAGUGAAUGGAGGUUCAGUUUCUGAACAAGAAGGACAGCAUACUGUAAAAGGGUGUUGAAAGAUUGAGAAGUUUCUCUUGAAGAACAAGUGAACAUCAAGGAAAGGCAAAGUGACUCUACAACUUGGCUCAGUGUUAGAAAGAAAGGAGAUCAGUUUUGACGUCCAAGAUGAAAGACUCGUCCUCCUGCUCUUCCUCGGUGUGUGUGUGUGUGUGUGUGUGUGUGUGUGUGUGUGUGUGUGUGGGUGU